ACUUGUAGGUGCUUGCUCAAAAUUCCAAGAUAAAAUCGAUCCUGCGUUGUUCCAAAGUGAAAUAUUUAUCUAAUUUUAUGUUAGAAAGGUAGAAUAACAUAUAAAGCCACCAUGGAUGAAAGACAUUGGUGGAUAGCGGGCAAGAUCCAGGAGAGUUUCCACAUUGGGGGCUAUGACAACCCAACUCUUCUGGAAGAUUUCAUCAGUGAACACUCUACCAUGGAUGUCAUCAAUCAUUUUCUUGGUGCCCGAGGCCCACGGCGAUUAUUCUUUUACUGUGAAAAACCAGAGUCAGGACAGCUGUCCACACGAGAACUUCACGUUGCCCAGAACCUUGCCAAUUUAAAGGACGUAAAUCUUGAAGAAGCGACAGUUUUGUAUUUUGUACGAAAGGAUGUUGAAAGAGAAGUUGAUGCGUCACACAUGGAAAAGGAUGUUUUCUGCGGUGAACUAAAAAGUAGCACAAUGGAAACUCUAACAUCGCUCCUCUCUGACAUUUUUAUUCCAAUGCUACGGGCUCAGAAAAACUGGGGCGAUUGUUCUCAAGAAAAUAAAGCACAACUCAUGGUGAACCUGGAGAAAUACCUUGGAUCCUUAAGUGACUCCAGUGCUAGUGUUCACACUUCAAAACAAAUGAUGUUGAAGCAGCCAGAGCGUCUUGUCAGCAAUGAGUACAAACAGCAUCGCCUGGCCGCCUUGGAUCAUGAGAUCAUCUCUGAGUAUGAAGAACUAGUGAAUGAAUGGAUUGCUACCAUUGAACCCAUUCUUUCAGAGUCUGGUGAAGAUAGGAGUUUAGAUCCUAACGCUGGUCCUUUGUCAGAGUUGGACAGAUGGCACCGACGACAGAGGCUGCUAACUAACAUCACGGAACAGCUGAAAGGCAAGGAAUGUAAAGCUGUCAUUGGCGUGUUGAUCACUGCCAAGUCAAAAUUGCUCAAGAAAUGGAAGGCCAUUGAUGCUGGCAUGACUGAUGCCCAGAAUGAAACGAAGGACAAAGUCAAGUAUCUAGAGUCAUUGAAGCGUCACCUGGAUCAGUUCUAUGAUGGUGCCACCCCUUGGAGUAUCAUGAACUCUGCACUGCCAAAUCUCAUGACAAGUGUCAAACAAAUGGAUUCGAUCUCAAGAUAUUAUGCCAGACAGGGCUUCCUCGGAUAUCUGUUCACCAAAGUGACGAAUCAGAUGGUGUCUGUGUGCAAGGAGUACAUUCGCCAACUGUGUGUCAAUGGUACCGGUGAGACGGAGAAUUUAUGGCGAGCAAUGGAUGAAGAAAUAAACAAUCGCAACAUGUUGGAUGGCCCGGAUGGCUCGUUCAAGAUCUUAAAGUCACAAAUAGAAGCCAGACUGAAUAAGGGCUUCAAACGAUCAAAGGAUAAUAAAGACAUCUAUGCCAACAACGACAAGGGCAUCUACGAUCGUCUAAAAGCCAUUCUAAGCCUUCAGAGUACUUAUAAGGAAUCUGUGAGGAAUAUGAGGGAGGCUCUUGGUGCCUCGCUAAAUCUGAGUCACUAUGGGUCGAUGAGUAGUCUGUCGACAAGUGUGGCACAAAGUCCAAACAAGAACAGAAGUUUUGGAAAAGGCACAAAUUCAGUAUCUCCAUCAAAGAAGGGCAGCAGUGAUGACGGCCACGGGGUAUCAAUUUCCGACGAGGAUAUCAUGUUCGGCCAUCUUGAUUCUUUGUGCUGCCGAGUGCGAGAGGUCGUUGAUAUCAUCAAUACUCUUACGCAGUUUAAGAAAAUUGUAGCGAACAUCGACAGAGUUCCACGUCCACGACGAGAGGACAUCGUUGCUGAAGAAACUCAUGAGACAAAGAAGCAGGCUGUGAAUGCCAAGAGAUACAACUCUGAUACUAUGCCAAAAGACCUGCAACCACAGCCUCAUUCUCACCACGGCUCCCCACCCAAACCACUCAUCCACGGCAUCUCCGAACAUGGUAACCUCGUCCCCAUCACCGAAGACGAGGAAGUCGAAGAGAAAGAAGAUGAAGAGAAGACGGAAAAGGAAAUCAUUGAUGCUGAUCAGGAAGAGAGUUCAGAUGAUGAACAGUCUGAGGAUGUGAUUCCGGAAUAUGCUGAUGAGGUUCACGAUGUGCUUAAUAUUCAGCAUGGGUUAACACAAGAAGAAGUUGAUAUCCUCAAUCACUACUAUGUAGCAGAGGACACUGACCAAGGACCUAGUGUUGUGUGCAUUGUCAAACAGCAUGUCCAGAGGAUGAUUGAUACUGUCGUGGAGCAGAUCACCUUCAGGGUGUUGAUGGAUGUGGAAACAAAAGAUAAGGACCGAUUUGAUGCUAGUUUCCGUGAAUUCCUGUGUGCUGUGCGAGAUGUUGAGAAGUUCAUUGGUGCUUACCUGCAUGCUGUUUUCUUACGGCGGAUGACCUCUUUCCAAGCUCUUGAUCUGAUCUGCAGAUUCAGUCCAAUCCAGUACAGGCUGGGCAUCAAGAAUGUCAUUGCCGAAAAGUUUGUUGACAUUUUCAAUGCUUACGAGGCAGACCUGAUCCAAGUGCAGCAACUGUAUGAGGAAUUUAAGGAUUCCCCACCAAUCCCUCGCAAUGCCCCAAGAAUUGCCGGAGCCAUCAGCUGGUCACGUCAACUACUCCAGCGAAUUGAAGACCCUAUGCGCAUCUUCCGAGACAACAGGGCUGUCACAAACGUCAAGGAUUACAGCAGGAUCGUGAAGAUCUACAAUCGGAUUGCCACUGCCUUGGUGACGUUUGAAAGCUUGUGGUUCGCACAGCUCAAGGUUCAUAUUGAGAAUGCCAAGGCGGGCUUGAAGGCAACACUGUUUAUACAUCAUCCUGAGACAAGGAAGAUCAUGGUUAAUGCUGAUGAAAGGGUGUUAGAGUUGAUCCAAGAAGCCAAAUGGCUCCUACGACUUGGCAUCUCAAUUCCAGAAUCCGCCCAUGUCGUCCUGCGUCAGGAAGGCCGCUUCAAGAACUACAAGGACCACCUGGAACUUGUCCUGAAAGAUUUUGACAUCGUCUGCAGUGAUAUUCCUGAAUGCUUUGUUGAGUUGUUUGCUCACCAUAUUGAUGCAGUCAAGAUGAACUUGCAGCCUGGGUUGAGCACCCUGGCUUGGAACAGCAUGAAUAUUGAUGCAUUCCUUCACCAAGUCCACACCGCCAUCACCAAGCUGAAGUACCUCGUCGAGAGAGUGAACGAAGUGAUCAAGGUCAAAGUCGAAGGAACCAUCCAACAGAUCUCUGAGAUGAUCUUCUUUGACUACGAGCUGGCAUUCUCAAAAUCAUGGCCCCCAGAGGAGUUCGUGAAACAGGUGAUAGGCUCUGUCUAUGGUAAGAGUAACAAACUCUAUGAUCACAUCCAGACCAUUGAGAAGGGUAUGGCGGAGGCAGCAAAUAUUCUUACAAAUAAAAAGAGUGCAAUCCCCACACCAAUUGGACCUGGUGAGAAGUCCAACAAAGAGCUCUUAAGAAGUAACAAGGAGCUUUCCAAGGCCCCCACCAGAGCUGGUACACAACUCUCAUCAUACACUUCCAAGGAGGACCACCUCAUUGCUGAGUUACUGAAUUUCUACUGCAGUGAGCUGUACCGGGCUAUCCUGACAGCCACCUGUCGCUCACUCGUCACGAUCGCAGAAUCCUGUGGUUGUGAUGACGACAUUGUAAGGACCGUGGGCGUAUUUUCCGAGCACAGUAGCCGAGGCACUCCUUCCCCCACCCGUACCCCUGCGCGAAUAUUGUCUGCCAAACUGGACACCAGUCGACCACUGUCUGUGUUGUCGGUUUUGUCAGACAUGUCUUGGACGACGGAGAGGACCCAUGAAGUGACUUAUUUGAGAUUUGAAGUAGCAGCAAAGUUUGCCAUCCCCAACAUCACAAUGGACCCGUCUUUAGACACAGUACAGCAUGCUGUGGACAAUACCGCCACAGCCAUCAUGAACGUCGUAAAGGGUGUGACGUGGCUCGGUGGUGAUGCCAUUGGGGAGAACUUCUACCAGAAUCUCACCCAAGAUGAUACCAUCGGUGACUUGCUACAUCAGCUGAGCGCUGUUGUCGAAGAUCUUCAGCCUGUGAUGAGACAACACCUCAUUCACUUCGGGAUGUACGACUUCCUCUGGAAGGACGACCUCAAGGGGAACUUCUACGAAUUCAUCAGCGCAGAGCCGGGGCCCUUCAUCUUGAACCGUGAAGUGGACCGGCUGUUACGGGUGGAGAAACAAGUCAUGGCUAUUCCAUCGGUCCUGCCAACCGGUCCAGUCGCCUUGAUUACUGACCCUGUGAAGAAUGCCCUACAUGGGUUUGCUAUUGAAUGGAAGACACAGUAUGCGUCAGUACUUCAUGAGGAGGCGAAGCGAAAACUGGAUGCUGCCCUCCUGUAUCGAAUGAAUGUCAGGAAUCGCUUGGAGCUGAAUGUGGCCAACCUGGACCAGCUCAACAGCACCUUACACCUUCUUGAGGAGCUCCGGGACAUGGAGAACAAGAUAGAUGGAAUAUACCUUCCGACAGAGAACAUGUACUUGAAACUAAGGGAGUUUGAGCUGCGUCUGCCGAGGAAUGAAGUUGAAGAGGUUGAUUCUUUGAGAGAAAGGUGGCAGGAGCUGCUUGAACUGGCAGAUAACGUGAGGAUGAAUCUAAUGAAGGAGAAGCGCUCUGCAUUUGAACAGGAGCUUGACAAACAAGUCAAGACGUUUGUUGUUGAAGUGAUCCAGUUCCGAAAUGCUUUUGACGCCCAAGGUCCAGCAGUCCCAGGUAUAACGCCCCAAGAUGCGGUCAUGAGGCUGAAUGCUUUCCAGGCCAAAUACCAGCUGUAUGAUUCCAAGAGACGCACCCUGGAUUCAGUCUCCAAGUUAUUUGGUAUUGGUUGCAAGCCGUUCCCAGAGCUAGACAGAACGGGAGAGGAAUUGGAACUGCUCGGUAUGCUCUAUGGACUCUACCAGAAAUACAUCAAAUUUGAUCAACAUUUCCGGGAUACACUCUGGGCAGACGUCGAUUUGGAGGAUUCAUCAAAAGAGGAAUCUCCGUCUUAUCAGGUCGAAAGCUUCUGGGACGAGUGCCUGGCCUUGCCUAGUAAGCUGAAGGACUGGGAGGCAUACAAUGGUAUGAAGGCCAACAUACAGCAUUAUCUAGAUGUGUUCCCCCUGCUGCAGAGACUAGCAUCAAAGCGCGAGGAACGGUACGAUAUCGAUGAAAUCCGUAAUCGCCAUUGGUUACAAGUGAUGCAGGUGACUGGCAGCCAGUUCCAACUUGAGGCGAACGUCUUCAAACUCUGCCAUCUUCUCGAUAUCGGUCUCCUAAAGCAUCGCGCUGCCAUCGAAGAGAUCUGUCACUGUGCCAGCAUGGAGCUGGAGCUGGAGGUCAAGCUGCGUAUCACAGAGGAGGAGUGGACUGAACAGGUGCUCUCAUUUGAAGCUUACAAGAGACGAGGCCCGAUCUUCCUAGAGAAACUUGCAACGGAACGUCUGCUGGAGCAGUUGGAAGAUGCUGAGGCCCUAUUGGCCGGGAUGCUGACGUCGCGUUAUAUUGGACCAAUGAGAGAAGAGGCUGCAUCGUGGGCUGAGAAACUGAAGGAGGUCGGAGAGGUGCUGGAGUUGUGGCUGGAAGUACAGGACCUCUGGCAUUACUUGGAGGCAGUGUUUAGUAAUUCUGCAGCCUCAAAGUAUGAUGUUAAAGAAGAACUUCCACAAGAAGCCAAAAGAUUCGCCCGUAUUGACAAAGGUUGGACCAAGAUGAUGAAGAGAGCAUACGACAGUCGUAACGUCCUUCAGUGCUGCUACGGCGGGGAAGUCCCGAAGGCUGUAGUCCUGCGUCACAUCCACGAAGAGCUGGAACUCUGCUUCAAAUCCUUGACGACGUAUCUGGACAGUAAACGAAGGAGCUUCCCACGAUUCUACUUCGUCUCGGAUCCGAUCUUACUCGCUAUGUUGAGCAAGCCCAAUGACCUGGACUCUAUCAGGCCUUACCUGAAGUCAAUCUUCACUGCUGUAAGUGAUGUGCAACUGGAAGUCCUAGACGAUGGGACAUCUGUUGCAGCUCCAACAGGCAGACGGACAGGAGACAGGAGUAACACAGAAUCUCGGGCAGGGAGCACCUCAUCACCUGCUGCAGGCCAUGGUAUGGGUGUUCCCCCUGCUAAGGUGGACAAGAGGUUAACACAGAUACAUAACAUUCCCCUACACCUUCAGCAGCACAUAUCCCUGCUGCCAUCAGAGGAGGUGGACGAGGCCCAGAUCACCUGGCAGGCAGUGGCUGUCAAGAGUGUGGAUGGCGAGUCACUCUGUCUCAAAGAAAAGGUUCCUCUGAAAGAUGGCGUUGAAGUGUGGCUGCAGCAGUUGAAGAACACAAUCUCGGACACCCUGUGUGAAAUGGUCGGACAGGUUAUGCACGACGUCAACAAUGGUGUGGCUGUCGAUGAAAUUGUGCUGAAGUACCCAACGCAGAUCUGCCGGUUUGGUCUCCUGUAUUACUGGACAAGGGAGUGCGAGAUCGCCUGCUCAGAUAUCAAAUACGAUCGUAAAGCCCUGCAAAAUCUGUCCAAGAAAUUUGCAGCUGCUAUGACGAAAUUGCCUCAAGGUCUGAUUAAAGGUUAUUUCAAGGGGACUGAUGAGUCCAUGCUGCCUGUACAUAAGAUUAGACUGGAGCAUCUGAUAACGUAUUCCCUGUACCUGAGGGACUCCCUUGACAUGAUGGCAAGCCGCAAGAUCCGUGAGGCAACAGACUUUGACUUCAGGAGAAACUUUAGGUGUUAUUUACAAGAUCUAGAGGGGACAGGUGAACUUCAACCAGUGCUACAGAUAGUGGACAAUAACUACAAGUACGGAUGUGAAUUCUACGGUGCCCAGCCGAUCAUUGCACUGACCACGCUGACUGAGAGGUGCUUCAUCUCGAUGGCCGCAGCCCUCAAGCAACACAAUGGCGUCAAGGUUAUUGGCGGGACAGGGACUGGAAAGACUGAGACUGUCAAGGGUUUUGCGCAUAUGCUUGGCCAUCACCUUACCACAUGGCAGUGCUCACACAAGUCUGAUCCGGUUGCAAUGGGGAAAGUCCUCACUGGUUUAUCAAUCGAUGGAUGUUGGGGCUUGUUCGAUGAAGUACAAAAUGGUCACCAGGAGUCUAUCUCGGUCCUGAUGGACCACGCCCAGGCCAUAUUUAGUGCCGUCAGGGCGAGUCUGGACUAUUGCUUCAUUGGAGAUGGCCAGGAGAUCGCUGUGAACCCAAACAUCAGCCUCUACAUGACUGUGAACCCCACAACAGCCCCGGGCCACUUCCAGCUACCAAGUGAGAUCAAGUCGCUGUUCAGGACCGUUAGCCUUGCCAAGCCGGACUACGCUAUCAUCCUGAAGCUCAAAUGUUCGGCGCUUGGAUUCAAGGCGCCAAACGUCCUGGGUACGAGGAUGAAGAUCGUGCAUGAGUUGGCAAAGGAUCAGCUGCCAGAGGAGUUCCAGAACAACUUCAGUAUGACAUCAUUCAUUGCUGCACUAAACCGGGCCGGCCAGCGUCGCCGUCUAACCAAGGAAGAGAAGUCAUUCGAUAAGAGCGAUUCAAACGCCACUAAGAAAGAUGAACAGUCUCGCUCAAACAGCCAGAUGUCGGUCUACACGGCGAAUAUGAUGACAUCAUUGUCAUCUGCGUCUAUGGCAGUUGCUCCACCCCUUAUAUUUGAAACAGAGAAUGAUAUAUGCGCCUAUUGUAGCACUGAACUGAGUAGGCACAGGCUGGCGCGUGUUGGCGGGCAGCGAGGUGGUGUGGGUGAUCGCCCUAGUAGGAAAGCGGGCACCCCGAACCCACUGUCACAGGCUGCCAAGAUGGAGCAUGCAUUGGUUGGACAGGCACUCCUGGAAAUCCUUGGUGCAAGGCUCAAUGCUGAGAACUACAACAUUCUGAGGCAGAUUGUGAGGGACGCCUUCUUUGGCUUGCCUGAGCCACCAAGUCCAACAAGGGCCGUGUCGGCCAAGUCAAAGUACCAGGAUGUUGAAGCAGCGAUCAUCCAGACUGCCAAGAGCAAGAACCUCAUUCCACACCGGCCAUGGUUGGAUAAGUGUAUGCAGUUGUACAAUGUGGCACAGGUUCAUCAAGGUAUCAUUGUGGCAGGCCCGCCAGGCACCGGCAAGUCGAGCAUCAUCGAGACGCUUGUGGAAUCCCUUUGUGUCAACAUCCGUGGAUUAUCCCGGUCCACAGUCAAUACCCAACCUGGCGCCCAGGCAGAGUCAAACCACAGGCUACAGAAGAUUAACCCAUUGGUUGUGGAUGAGAACGAGUUGAUGUUUGGACAUCUGCAGAAUAGGGACUGGGUUGAUGGAAUAUUUACGUCUGCUUGGAGAAAAGCAAACAGGAACCAGUGUACCACGUGGCUGUGUCUUGACGGACCCCUUCACGCUGGCUGGUCUGAUAACUUCAGCAGUGUCCUCGAUGCAGCAAAGACGCUCUACCUUGCCAACGGUGAUCGUCUCUUGCUGAGUGACAACAUGAAGCUUCUCUUCGAAACAGACAGCCUUGUGGACUCAUCACCUGCCACUGUCUCCAGAGCUGGUAUAAUAUUUGUGGACAAGGAUAUCGUGGGGUGGAAACCUAUCGCCAUGGCUUGGAUGGAGAAGCGAACACAGCAGGAGAUUCAUGUUUUGCAGCGAGCCUUUGACAAAACGGUCGAUGCAGUGACACAGUUUGUGGUGAAUGAGUGCAAGCCUCGAUUAGGACUCUCAGAAGUCGGCAUGUUCCAGACGUGUAUCAACCUCCUGUCGGCCAUGUUGGCCGACAACAAGCAGAUCGGCGGAGAGCUCCACAUUGAGAGGCUCUAUCUGUUCUGCCUGAUUUGGGCGUUCGGUGGCCUGCUGGAAGAUUCAGACAGGAAGGCUUUCAGCGAUCUCUUGAAGACAUUGUCAUCAGCCCUCCCUGAUGACGACCGUGAUAUCUGUGUGUUUGAUUACUAUGUGGAUGAGUCUGGUGAAUGGGACCCCUGGAUAUCAAGGGUACCAGAGACUGUCUAUGCAGACAAUCAAGACAUCCUGGGAGAAGUAUUCGUCGAUACGGUUGACACUAUUCGUACCCGCAUCCUGAUGGAGUUUGCUGUAGCGUCACAGCAGAACGUGAUGCUGGUUGGACCACCUGGAUCAGGCAAGACACUCAUGAUCAACGACUUUGUUGAUUCACAAGAUGCAACCAAAAGAAUCAACAAACGUUUGGUCUACUCUGGAGCAUCAGAGGCUAAGCAGCUACAGCAGUUCAUCGAGGCUAACAUCUACCAUCGUCAGGGAUUCGUCUUUGGCGCUAAGGAAAACAAACAACUACAGAUCUUCGUCGACGAUUUGAACCUUCCAGUUCCGGAUGAAUUCGGAAUACAGAAAACUAAUGAGCUGCUGCGCCAACUCCUGGAUGACAAGGUCUUGUGUACGCUCCAGAAACCAUUCGAAUGGCGAACGAUAGAAGGUUUGGUCAUCCUUUCGUCCAUGUCUAUGAACGAAACGCCAUCGGUCACCAACAGGGUGCUCAAUCAAAGAUUGCUGCGUCAUUUCAUUGUUCUCAGACUGCCUGGACCACAGGGCGAGGGUCUGAAAACUAUUGUCAAUGGAAUUCUGGAGAGCAACAUGUCCAUGAAUGAUGGUUCCAGCCUUGACAUAGAUCUACACAACGCACUGACAAAAGCUUCCUGCCAGCUCCUGUCUAAUGUCCAGAAAGUCCUCAGGAUGACCCCGAUGCCUGGCAGACGUCAUUAUCUCUUCACUUUGAAGGACAUCACCACCUGCUUCCAGUGCUUACGGCGUCUGGCAGACGAGAGCCGAGCUGACGAGCACCUGGUGAUCUCGCUGUGGAGGCACGAGAUGGAGAGGAUCAUGAGAGACAGGCUGUGCAGGGCAUCCGAUGUUAACUGGUUUGACGAGGAACUCAAAACUACUGUCAGUGAGAAUUUCCCAAGUCUUGAGCAGCUGCCAGAAGAACACUUUGUCACCUUUCCCAUCGAUACCAGGAUUUAUCAGCGACCGGUCACAUCACAUGGAAACAAGCAGGUCAAAGUUCUCCUGCAACCAAUCGAAAACCUACAAGACGUGCAGAACUGUCUGAAGGCGCACAUGGCACGAUAUAACGAGGAGUUUGGCAACGUGCCGAUGGAUAUCAUGUUGUCUGAUCAUGUGAUUGGACACAUUAUCAAGAUGCACCGAGUCCUCAGCUUCCAUCACGGUGGUAAUUUCCUUCUUAUUGGCGCCAUUGGUCUCCACCUUUCCACCCUGUGCCGCCUAGCACUCCAUGUUGCCGACGUCCCUAUCCAUUCCGUCGACGCAAGCAAACAGAACACGUUCUUCGAUGGUCUGCGGUCGGCACUGCGCCUGAGCGGAUCUGAGGGGAAAGUGUUGUCAUUGAUGUUCAGUGGGCGUGACCUCCAUGACGAUACGUAUCUAGAUGCCAUCAACAGCCUCCUGGUCAGUGGGGAGUACCCCCAUCUCUUCACGAAUGAUGAGUUGGAAGGUCUGUUACAGGCUGUGACCCCUGCAUUGAGAAGAGAGCACCCAACCAUGAUCAGCGACCCCAUGAAGUUCUUCGUGUCCCGGGUAAAGUCCAAUCUGCACAUCAUCCUGUGCCUGCCGCCGAACCACAAGCUGAUCAAGAGAGCCGCGACUGAGUACCCUGGACUCCUCCAGGGCUGCCAGGUGAACUGGGUGUGUGACUGGCCACAAGAUGCCCUCCUUGGAGAAUCGCAUUACUACAUUCAGGAUAGGGGACUGGACUUUGGUACUGUGGAAUUAAGUGACACUGUUGGGAACCUUCUCGCAAACAUCCACAGUGAGAUUCUUGUCCAGACUAACCAGAUGCCGUGGGCCGGGCAGACGGAGGACAGCAUCUCGCUGACGAGCGUCAAGAUGAAUGAGAAGAAGAAGGAUCAGAUUCGGAAGACAGAGCUGAAAAAUCUGAAGAACUUUCCGUACUCUAAAGCAAUUAUCUUAGAGAAUAUCAAGCUAAUUCAUCAAGAUCCACAUGUGAAGGGUAAAAACCAGGUGUUUGUUGGUCCAAUGACAUACAGGAGGUUCAUGGACACGUUCAACUAUCUUUACCGACUCAAGUCUAAGGACAGAACAGAGAAAGUCACUCGGCUUCAAAAGGUUCUGACAGCCCUUUCCCAGAGUCGUAUGGAUGCAAAAGUGAUGCGUCAGGCCAUCAAGAACAUCAGUGGAAAAUUUGAGGACGCAAAGGUCAACACAGCUCACUUGCUACGUCAGUUGACAGCCAAGGCCACGACCUUGGAAAAGCUAAAGGCCAAGGUCGGACAGAGUACGGCGCUGAGCGCGUUCCUGCAGUUGAACGAGAUGUCUGAUGAGGAAGAGGAGGAAGAUGAUCUGCUCAAAGCAGAGGAUUAUGACGACUACGAUAAAGAAUUUGAUCGAAUCAGAGAAGCAAAUCUGAAGGAUCGUCAUCUCAAGGCUAAAGAGGAGUUAGCCAUCGCGAUCAAGAAUGUCGAUGAUUGCAGGAGGAACCUGGAGUCUGCCAAGCAACAGGUUCAUCUCUGGAGCUCCAACGUUGAUCGUGGGUGUGUGGAGCGUCUGAGAGCAUUCAGCCAGCCACCGGCAUUGGUCGGUCAUGUGAUGGAGAUGGUCAUGACCCUAAUCGGCAAACGACUUCCUGGCGUUCCCCGACAAGUCGAGCGAGAGACCCAGGCGAAUAAAGAUGACCAGAGCAGUAGGAUGUCCGCAAGCUCUAGUAGCACAAAGAUGCAUGGGAAGAAGCAAGUUACGAAGAGGGAUGUGUCUGAACGUGUUGACCGUGCUGUUUGGAAGGCGAUGACAACGGCCAUGAGCGAUUCAACCAAGUUCAUGGACAUGAUGCACAACGUACAAUGGGAGGAGGGACUCUCUGUUGAUGUACUCAAUGCUGUGGAAAGUUACCUUGCCAAAGGUCGUGGUGGUUCCCUUGGAGUAACUGGUGAGGGGUCGCUGCUCGAGAAUGCCCCUGACAACAAGGCUUUCCCGCCGACCAGACGUUCACCAUCGCCCGAAUUCACCCGUGGGAUCACGCUGUCCAAUGCAAGAUACGCGAGUGAAGACGCAGCAACUCUUGUGCAGUAUACAAUUGCAAUUGUCGAGUAUACAAAGUUGUGUGGCCCCCUGAAGCAGGCAUUGGAGAGGCAACAUGAGUUGGAAAGGGAGAUUGAAGAGAGUGAGAGAUUAACUCAGGAGAAAGAGGCGGAGCGGUUGAGGAGAGAAAGGGAGCUAGCUAAGAGAAGACCAAAGCCAGAAGAGCAACCCCUGACCCCUGAACCAGACCAGGAUGAUCUGACAGAAGAUGACCUGCCGCGUAUCCAAGAUGAAGUCAAUGACCUGCAGCAGCAGUUUGACCUCUCGGUGAUCGAGAAACACUCACUUGAGAUGGAGCUCAUCUCUAUGAAUGAGAGAAUACGGGCUACCACUGAAAUGAUCGAAAGUCUGAAGGGCCAGGAAGCAGUGUGGACCCAGUAUGUCAAGGAUAACGAAUCGGACGAAGUACUCCUUGCCAACUGUAUAACUGCCUCGGCCUUCCUGACCUACCUUGGGCCACUGAACACCGACACCAGGCUGAAACAGGGCAGGUUCUUCAUGCAGCAGUGUGAGCACCAUGGCAUCAAGAUGGGAAAGAGGCAGCUCUUCUCUGACAUGGAGCUUAUCUCAUUCCUUUACACUCCUCUUGAGAUCAAGAAGUUGGAGAUCCUUGGCCUGCCCAAGACGCGUCUCAUGCUGGAGAACGCCUGCUUCAUCAUGGAGGAGAAGGGCAUCAGUGCCUGGCCCCUGGUCUGUGACCCGGCCAGCAGCAUUGUCUCAUGGAUCAGUGCCUACCACAAGGACAAGAACUUGGCUGUUGUCAAAUAUCACGAUCUGCGCUCACAGCUUGAGACGUCGCUCUCCGAUGGCAUCCCAUUGAUCGUGACAGACGUCGAUGUCGAGGCGAUUGUGUUUGAUAAGAGGUUCCUGACGGUGCUCAAGAAUAGGAUGAGAUUCAUCAAUGGGACGCAGCCUUUCAAGAUGAUGGUUGGUGAUCAUGAAGUAGAGUGUCAGCCAUCGUUCCGUCUCUACCUCCACACGACUGACGAACCUCAGCACGUCCCGCCAGAACUGGCCGCACAUCUCGCCGUCAUCCUGUUCCAGCGGUCACGUAAGUGCGUCGAGGAGGAGCUACUGGACAGGUUCAUGGAGAAGGAGAAGCCGAGGCUGGAGGAGGAGAGAGUGGUGCUGGUUAAGGACUGGUUAGAAAACAUGGAGGCGAUGGAGAAGAUUGAAGAACAGAUGUUGGUUUGCCUGUCCUCUGAUACCCGCCUGAUGAAUGAUCUUGCAACCACCAAGAAGCUGGCUGAUCUCAAGAAGCAGUGGGACGAGACACAGGAAACGCAAUUCCGAGUGGAUGGCGGUUUCCAGUCCAUUAUGCGUGCUCGGGAAGGUUUCAGGGCCAUAGCACAGCGAGCAGGUGUCCUGUUCGACACAAGUCAGUACAUGAGGGAGGUGAACCCACUCUACAAGAUGGCUUACACUCAGUUCCUGGAUCUGUUUGAUGCAGCUAUAGCCCAUUCUGAUAGGGCAUCCGUCAAAGCAGUGGUCGAGCGCAUGACACUUAGUUCCUAUACUACAACCAUGAGGGCGCUAUUGGAGCGAGAUCGACCAAUCUAUUCUCUCCUUCUUGCCAUCGAGGUUGAAGAUUCGCAUGGCCGGGUGGGACCAGGAGAGCGCGAGUACCUACUGUCGCCGAACUAUGGGUCAGAAGUUAUGAGAGCUCGUAACAACAAUCAGGCACCUGAUGCCCGGUUUACUCAGGCCAAGAAACCUUUUGAUUGGAUGUUCGAUGAUCAGUUCCAUAAUCUGCAGACCCUGGCAUCCUACUUUGAGUGGUUUCAAGAAAUGUUCGAACGCAUGCCAAAAGAUGGGAGAGAGACUCAGUGGCGUAAUUUAUGCGAGAGUGAUGCACCAGAGAUGACACCGUUACCUGAUAAAGCAGACGAUAUCUACACGCCAAUGCAGCGUCUCUGUGUCAUCCGAGCUGUGAGGAGCGAUCGUCUUAUGCAGGCGUCAACACUGUUUGUGAAUGCUGUAUUUGGAAAGAAAUUCAUUGCUGACACAGGCUAUGACUUCAAUCUAAUACUAAAACAGAGCACGCCAAAGACGCCUAUUCUCAUGCUGAAUACCCAGGAGCCCGAGGUGGCCACAAAACUCUUCCUGGACUUUGCUAUCAAGAAACAGGGCAUGAUGGCUAGCGUGAUCCAUCUCUACAACUCCAGCCAUGCCAAGGAGAAAAAUACCAAGAAAGCUAUACAAAAGGCAAUGGAAGAGGGUUCUUGGAUCCUGCUCCAAAAUGCCCACAAUGCCCCCAACUUGCUUGGCAGCCUCGAGAGUUUCCUAUCAGAGGUAGAGGAAGAGGUGGAUCCAAACUUUCGCUGCUGGGUGUCGGUGCAGAUGGACGAACCAGUACCAACCAGAGUCCUGCAGAGUAUGCUGCGCAUUGUUGUGGAUGCUCCAAGGACGAUGAAGACCAACCUGUAUCGCUUCUUCUCCCAACUUGACUCGGACAUCCUACGUCAGUCCGAGAGGAUGGAAUGGGCCGCAUUCCUCCAUAACAUCUGCUACCUCCACGGAGCCAUCAAGCUGAGGACCCGCUUUGGCAAGGCAGGCUGGAAUGUACCCGAGGCAUUCAAUCAUCUGGGCGUCCCAGAGCUCCUGGAGGCUCUGCAGAUGUCGCUCUCUGAGUUCCGUGAUAACCUAUCAACAUCUGCGCCGGAUGGAAGUCGCGUGCAGCGGACAACCUCUUGGAGCUGUAUGCGAUACUUGCUGACUGAGAUAAUCUAUGGAAAUCUUGUGACUGAUCCUUUUGACCAGUCAAGUCUUGGUGCUAUGGUCGACUACUGGAUAUCACCAACUGCUGUCAAGAAAGAAUUUGAAUUGGCGAAACUGCGGUACAAGCAUCCAUCAGUUUUCUUCAGUCCUUACUGUAAGCUGACUUCUAUCUGCCAGGCUUUAGAAGGUCUGCCAAAUCACAUGUUGGAAGUACCUGAGGCCUGCCACUUACAUCCAUAUGGAGAGACUAUCCUCGGUGAUGACCAGUACGUCUUCACACGACUCAACAAGGUGUUCGAUGCCAUGCCAGCGUCCGAGACGCUCACAAACAAAGAAGUCGUGUUCAAGAGGCCGUUGACACCAUUCAACGGUCCUCCACAAGCCAAUGUCAGUGCAAGUGGAAACAUGCCGCAAGUCUGUGAGAUGGGUGUGGUGGCUUCAGCAAGUUUUGCGGUCAUGCGCACGAAGAAGGAAGUGGAAUUGUGGGAGAUUUGUUGGCAGACGUUACCCAAGGUUCCAAGGGCAUUCAAUUCAGAUUAUGUGACGGAGCGUAUCAAGAAGAUUGGUGGUUUCACUGUCUUUAAUUUGUUCAUUAAGAAGGAAUUUGAAAUCAUGUGGAGACUGCUGACAGAAAUCAAGCACUCGUUGAUGACCAUCAAGGCUGCAGUAGACGUGUCAGAGAAGGGACCAAAUUCCUUUGGUGACCAGUUGACCCCCAGGAUGCUGGAGACAGCUGACGACCUCUACUUCAACAGGAUCCCCCAGGCAUGGCUCAAGCUCGCUGGGCCCACUGCCCCACCACCAACGUACGGUGUGGAUAAAUGGCUCAAUGACCUCAGCCAGCGCACACAGCACUUUGAAAGAAUAUUAAGUUUGGGUAAGGAGAAGAUGCCAGCUUACUGGUUGGGAGCAUUCACCUAUCCGCGGACACUGCUGGCACUGCUGAAGCAGGAUGCAUACAGACACCACUCCGCUUCGGAGCGAUCUGGCAACAUAGAUCACCUGAUCUUCCAGACAGAAAUCACAUCCAGGGACAAGGACCAUUUGCGUGACCCACCUCAAGAGGGCAUGUUUGUCUAUGGCAUCAACAUCUGGGGCUGCUCCUGGGAAAAAACAAGUGGAGAACUCCAAGAUGUUGCACCGCGUCACGCGUGCACUGCCCUUCCGGUGAUUCACAUCACCUGCCACCCCCAGGGUGAGAAACCCAACCAACAGGACCCAACACGUGCCAGUGAGACCUUCCAAUGUCCGGUGUUCCAGUCAAAGAUUGGCCCACGAGAACCGGUGAUGGAGGUGGACCUACGCCACGAGGGAUACCCAGCAUCACGCUGGGCUCUUCGGGGUCUGUCUGCAACCAUCCACCCGUACUGAUCAUCGGGACAGUGAUGAACAAUGCCAACAAGCUGAAUAAGAACAAUGACAGCAAUUGUUAGCAAAGCCUCCCUUACAUGCAACUUCACCAGGACUUACUAAUGAAUCAUUUAUAGCAACACCAUUGAGGACUUGUCACAGUAAGAUUCAUAUCGGAUAGCCUCCAGGCAUACAACAAAGCAGCCUGGAAAUUGUAUGAAAAUGGAACAGUUGAGUUUCCAUUGUAUUUGGGUAGAGUUUCAGCUGGGAUUACACUUUAACUUAUUGUGAUAAUGUUGCUCUUCAUCGAUGCAAUCAAGAAAAUAUCAUGCGUUAUUCGGUUAUUUAGAACUUUUUUUGUACAUUUGUAGAUUUUUAUCAGUUUUUUUGUACAUAUUCAGUAUCGUCCAUCUUUACAAUGUGUUAACUAAGUUAAUUUGAAGAAUCUGCCGUGAGAGAUGAACUAAAAGUCAUUGUAUAUUUGUAUGUUUUGUGCAGCAUAUUUCAAGAAAGGUGAUUCUGGGAACCAUUAACCCGCUUUACCAAGUCCAAAAUCCCACUUCCGUCCUAGUUUAUCUGUUUUAUAUGCAGAUAAUCUCAUGAAAUUGUGAUCAAUUUUCAAUUUUCAAUUAAAAUCCACAAAUUGCGUUUGUUUGUAGAGAUAUUUAAUUCUGUUUUGUUACGUCUUCUGACAUGCAAUUUCCUAAUAAAUGUAAUU